AUGUAUUCCUCAUUGCUGUUGACUCUACUUGCAACCUCCACUAAGCAUGUUUUAGGUGAAAAACAUCAUCUAUACUCAGGCUUUUUCUCAGGGUCGCAACUUUAUGGUAUUCAAUUUGACGACGAGACUUCCACUCUGACGGUCGUCAAUAACAUUACCACCAACAGCUCCGAUGGAUCGAAAUGGAUCGCGAUUGAUGAGCGACGGGAAAACGUCUAUGUUGCUUCCGGAGCUUCCUAUAACAGCUACACAAUCACUUCCGACCUAGGACUAACUCUCGCGAGUAACCUCACAAUAUCUGACACUUGUGCGAAUCUCAAUCACAUUACCUCAUUAUCUUCAUCCCCAUACACGGUCUUUGGCGCGCCAUACAGCACCGGCUGUUCCGGACAGGCGAUUACUGUAGAUCAAUCUGGCGCGCUCAAGGCCAUCGUUGGUAGCAUCACUUACCGGAACAGUUCUGGCGUACACGGCUUGGCCGUCGAUACCGAUGGCACCUUUAUCUACUCGGCGGAUGACAUGGGCGAUGCUGUUUGGGUCCAUUCAUUUGACAAAACUACUGGCGCUGUCGAGGAAGUGCAAUACCUUGCGGCGCCACGGGGCGCCAACCCGCGGCAUUUAGCAGUGCAUCCCAGAGGAAAUUAUGUCUAUGUCGUCUAUGAAAAAGCCAAUCAGCUCGCUGUUUACUCUAGAGAUGCCAGUACUGGGAAGCUGACAUAUACCAACACCACGUACCCCUUAAUCCCAUCUGGCUAUACAAACACAUCAUCUUACUGGUCCGACGAGGUCGCUUUCUCGGUCAGUAGCGCCGAAUCGCCUAAAUACCUCUUUGCCUCCACACGAUCAAUAAUUAGUACAUCUUCACCCGGCUACGUGACUGCCUUUAGCCUUGAUGCAACCACUGGUGCUAUACAGGAGCAACUGUUCCUUUCUCAGACGACCGGCAGCGGUGGUUCAGCUAAUUCGGUCUCCCCUGCCAUCUUCUCGGAAGACUACUUCGCCAUCACGGACAGUGGCAGUAACUUUAUUGAGGUUUGGCAGGUGUCGGUUGAUGGAAGCGCGGCGACUGUGGUCGCUCACCUCGAUCUGGACAAUGGACCGGCGAAUGUGGUGUGGUAUAGUUAA